AUGGACAACCACUACAUUUGCCAGCCGGGGAGCCAAAAUUACUGCGUUGGAGUUCCAAUCGAAGCUGGGAACCAAACCUGGACAAGUCUCAAAUGCAACAGCGCCAGUGAGAUCCAGAACACCAGCCUAACGUCGAACGGAAUUCCUCAAGCAGCAUUUGUUCCGUGCCAGAAGCAACCGUGCGCAGGUUUUGCGAGUUCAACAGUUUCUCACGCACCUUUCCCGUCCGAACUCACAGUGCCCCGAACUCAACUGCAACGAGCCUCGUCCGUCUUCACGCCAGAACAACAACUCAAGAAAGUAAACAUGCCGAAAAGAACAACAACACAAUCCUUGGCUUUAAGCGAAACUCUCCGGGCACUAGAUGAAGAACUGCGCGAACUGCAAGAAGAGCGCGCUCGGAGUAAACUCUCGCUCAGACUCGAGCUAACCCGCAUUGAUGAAAAAUACAGCAUUCUGGAAAAGACCACAAGUAUUCGCGAACCUGCACAGCGAACUGGUGGCCAAAAACAGGACUCGGAACACCCCGCGCUGCUGCCCGAUUCUAUUUUCUUCGGGAAGAAGCUGAACGACCAACUUGUCGUUCCCACCUCCAUCCCAAGCAAUCGUACCACAACGAGAACACCUAGUCGCACCCUCGGCGACACCUGCACCACACGAGUACCAGAUGAAGACUCGUGCACAUCUGAUCUGUCGGGCCUUUCCGAAUGUGGUGCUCACAAUCGGACUGCCGCCUUAGCCAAGAUUCUACCACAGCAAGCCAACUACUAUGCGUUGGCCACCGAACCAGCCACGUUCCAAUCUUCUAGUGUGAGACAAACGAUCACCUCGGAGGACACCAACACACGCUCUUUGCUCGGUGGGAAAGAUGUAAACAAAACACACGCAUUGGUGCCGAUCCGGUCUCACAACAACUUACAAACGAGACAGCUCGAGACAACAGACCAGCUCGAGCAAUACGCGCAGUCCAUGGAGUCUAUUCGUCAUUUGCUGACCAAGCCGACCGGCCAAUCCGGGAACUGCCGUAAUAUGUACCUGCCCAAGAUUCGACGAAAGCCUGAAGGAAGUGCCACAUUCGCGCUAUUUGGAGGGCGUAAACGAGAUGUAUCCAGUUUGCUGAACAAGCGCACCCAUCAACUGCAAUCAGGUCAAGUGAUACAGCUGCCCUUUGAACCCUGCUGGGAUGCUGGACUGUUUACCAACACAAUGGAAGGUGUGUAUGUGCUGGCGCUGGUCAACAACGACCACCUGAUGCUGCGAGAUCGCCUACUCAACCACCACCACCGAUCUUUCUUUCUGCAAGAGCGAUCGGCCAGCUUCAGUUCUACACACUUUCCGCAGUGUGGUAGUGAUGAACACUCGGGACUAGUGAGUGCCAACUCAGAGCUACCGAUGAAGCGAAGUGGAUUCUCGUCGAUACAUGUACACGACGGUCAACAACAGUGCAAGGGAGGUAUUCACCAGAGGAAGUAUUUCCAUCGCAGAAUUGCCCGGAAUAGUGGACCUUUCUGGACGUUCGGAGCGAUCGAGAGAAAACCGACCUGGCGUCGAUUUACCUGGGGGGAGUGUUACGCGUGGAAAAGCGCUAAACGCACCUCACGUCUUUACCGGCGCAUACCCGUUGGCAAUCGUGUUGUCAGAAGAUACUGACAUUUAAUCGAAAGUCAUCUCGCGAUGGCUCUUUGCCGGUGAUCAACCAGAGUCACGAGUAGAAGUGCACUUUGUGCACGAACAAAUAUAUUUCGCGAUUAAUUUUAGUGAAUACUGAAUUUAAGUCCCAUCUGGGCACCCCGUGAAGCAGUACAUUUCUUACAAUGCAAGUCUAACCUAGAAUCAUUUAGAUUUGCCAUCAGCAUGCAUGUGCUCAUGCAACUCCCAAAUCGU